UUUUUCCAUUUAAUUUCACAUUUAAAUGUAUUUUUGGAUUUGUUCGAAAGAAGAAGCACUGCUGAUAUCGCAUACAACACUAAGCCGUUUUGCUUGAUAAGACUUGAAAUCUGAUUAAAUUUCUGAUUUUAUCGAUAAAAUCCAAAUUUUUAUUUAUUUACAAUUGAAUUUCGAUUCGUUAGUGGAAUAGAACGGACCAUGUCUUCAUCUGCGAUCUACGUGCUAGACGUUAAGGGAAAGGUGUUAAUAUCACGUAAUUAUCGUGGUGACAUCGAUAUGUCGGUCAUUGAUAAAUUUAUGCCUCUGAUUUUGGAAAAAGAGGAGGAAGGAGUGAUCACACCGAUCCUGCAAUGCACCGACUGUACAUUUGCUUACAUCAAAAGUAACAACUUGUUCCUUGUUUCCACGUCACGAAGAAACCCCAACUUAACAUUGGUCUUUGUGUGCCUACAUAAGAUUGCUCAGGUGUUUGCUGAAUAUUUCAAGCAAUUAGAGGAGGAGAGCAUUCGUGACAAUUUUGUCGUAAUAUACGAGCUACUAGACGAACUCAUUGACUUCGGAUAUCCACAAACGACGGACGGUAAAAUUCUACAAGAAUACAUAACACAGGAAGGACAUAAAUUGGAAAUCCAGCCACGGAUACCCGAUGUCGUGACGAAUGCCGUCUCGUGGCGCCCGGAAGGCAUCAGACAUCGAACAAACGAAGUGUUUCUGGACGUCAUCGAGAGCGUUACGCUGUUGGCAAAUGCAAAUGGUGUUGUACUGCGUAGUGAGAUCAUCGGUGCCAUUAAGAUGCGAGUGUGCUUGUCCGGAAUGCCUGAGCUCACUGGGAUCUAUACAACAACCAUAUUAUACACAUAGAAAGAUGAACAAUUUAUGGUUUGGUUGUUGGUUCGAUGGCAUAUUACCUUAUCUCACAACGUAGCGUAA